CGCUGUCAGUUAACCCUGAAAUACAGUUGUAAAAAGAAGCCUGACUUCAGUCCGGGAAUUUUGUAUUUCCUUAUGAGCUGCUGCAGCCACAGUUCCGUCAGGGUGUCACUGGCCUUUGUGGGAACAGACGAGUCCUUCUGAUUACUGCUGUGAUGCUUCUCUGAUCUGUGUUAACGGAAAAAGAAACGGGAUGCGGACCCUCAUAUUUCUUUAUAUUCUGGGCCUAAACAUCUGCCAGGCUGCAGGGCAAGACAACUCCACACAAGUGUAUCGUGUCCAACUGAAAGCAGACCAGAGUUUAAUUGAAAAAAUAAACAAGAUCUUGAAGCCUUUUGUGAAAAACACCAGCUUCUAUGUCGACGACCUGGAAAUUACAACACAAUGUGAAAAUCUCUCAAGCAAAACAAAACAGUGCAACUGCACUCAUGACUACAUGUGGAAUGAUAAGAUUUGUGAGUCUAAUGAGAAUUGUUGUGGGAAACCUGAGUGCACCUUCCUGACAACCGGAGAAGUCUAUCAGUGCGUUUCGAAAGACCUUGUUAACAUCAGAGGUUCUCUGACUUUGACAUCGAACUAUACAGAUUGCCUGAGAGAGGGAAACAAUCAUAGGCUAUGUCAUGACAACUUAUUAAAAAAGAUGAAAACAGAGUUCAGCACUUUCAAAGGAUUUGACACGUUAGAAAUUACUAAAUUCAGGACUGGAAGCAUCAUCGCAGAUUUUGAAAUGACCAUUGUUUCCAGAAUUGCGGCAAAAGAUCUGAUCAGCAAAUCAGAACAUCUCACCAGGCAACUAAAUGCUUCACUUUCAAUGGAGACUACAGGUGUUGUCACUUUAGACAUGCCAACCAACCCUGUGUGUUACAACCACACCACCAAUCUAACGUGCAGAUCAGCCGAGGACCUGGGAAGCACCCCGAGCCUGACGCUGACAAGAGCAACUCAACAAUUUGUCAUAACUAAUGGCACUAUAUCAACCAUAAAUCUGGGACGUCUGGUGUCUACAAUCCAACUCAAAAGUGCAUCUGAACUCUGGGCAGGACAAUACAAAUGUGCAUACACUCAAAACUCUGGCUUCAUCUCCAUAUAUCACAAAGCCACCGCUGAAAUGGAUGUAGCCCUUCUGCCAGACAUUAGAACCUUCACAGAGCCAUCAUUUCCACGCUGCAAAACUAAUAAAGAGAUUAUGGAAAUAUCAGCCUCCUGUGAAGUAGACAAAAGCAGUGAAAAUUACACUGUCAGAUGGGACGUCCCCCGUCAGACAUCAGAAAAAGCAGGAACUUAUACCACUAAGGUGAUCAUUGAAUGUAAAAAUGAAGUCCCGGAAGCCCCGUCUUGCAUAUUUACCAACAGGUGCAAUCAAAACAGAAGAGCCACGGUUCAAAUCAAUAUCAUAAAAGGAGAUGACAAAUUUUGUAAAGCUGAAGGUGAAUGGGAAGACACCAAAGCUAAUUUCACUGCACAACUAAAAUGCCAGAACUCUGCGGGAAUAAAACAAAGGAAAUGCACAUCGGACGGAGAGUGGUUAGCGGAAGAGUCACCGUGCGUGAAUUCAGCACUGAAGAGUGUGUUGGAAAGUGCACUAAUUGCCGACAUUGGACUUGGCGAACUGGAUACAAACGCAGCAGACAUAUUUGACCGCCUUCAGAAUGUCACUGCUCAGACUGAUGUUAUCAACUCUGUUGCCAAUAUGAACGCAUCAAUUGCCGUGUUGCAGACCUUGAGCCUAAAGCUGCAGGCUCUAAAUAAUGAGAUUUCAGCUAACAAUUUCCUGAACUCUUCCAGCCAUCUGUUGGAUAGGACUCUUGCAAAUACCUGGACACCAGAAACUUCUGAAAACAUUACAUUGGCCGAGAAAUAUCUGACCUCAGUCGAGCAAUUGAUUUCGAUAUCAAACAUAACGCGAAACACUACAAAAUCAAAUGUCGACGUACAUUUGUGUGAUACCAAUAACAGGAUACACUGUAAUAACACUGUGUUCAAUGUUAGCGUCAGUCUCACAGGUGCAAGCAAUGCAAUAACAACUGGAUUCAAAGAACUGGACAAGUACUUGCCCAACAGCAGAGUGAAUGAAACUGGUGACCCCAACAGUAUUGUUGUGUCAACAAUCGCCAAUAAGAGCUCUGACAUUGAAAUUACAAUUGACUUCCAAUUGUUCACACCAAGGCCUCGCAACGUAAAGAUGUAUUGUGUUUCAUGGGACAACAACACCAGACAGUGGUCAGACGUGGGAUGCAGGUGGGCGGGUAGCUCGGUAGCAGCUGGUAGUCGCUGCAUUUGUACUCAUUUGUCGUCAUUUACCAUUCUGAUGUCAAAAGAGCCCUUGGAGAUCCCUUUUCUGAACGAAAUCACCAUUGCUGUAAUGUCUAUAUCAGUCAUAUCUCUCGUUAUCAGCCUUACUAUUGAAUUGAUUGUCUGGAGUGAUGUAGUCAAGACAAAUACUUUGUAUUUACGGCACACUGCCCAUGUGAACAUUUCUAUAUGUUUGUUAGUUGCGGACUGCUGCUUUUUGGCAAUAACUGAUCCAGAGAGCACUGCAGACCUCUGGUGUAAAACCUCUGUGGUGCUGAGGCAUUUCUGUUACCUGGCCAUGUUCUUUUGGAUGUUGUGUCUAAGCAUGAUACUCCUUCAUCAAGCAGUUUUCCUGUUCCAUAGAGUGAGCAAGACAUACUACCUGAGGUUCUCAUUAGUCCUUGGCUAUGCCUGUCCCUUUCUUAUCGUCUUUGUCACGAUUUUUGUCAGCGAUGGCGGUGUUGAAGGCUCGUACUACUCCAAAGAAACCUGUUGGCUUCUUUAUAAAGGAUUUAUGAAGGGGUCCAUCUUUUCAUUUAUCUUACCAAUUUUUAUAAUCGUUUUUGUCAACAUAUUCUCCAUGGCAGUGGUAAUCAUGAAGCUUUUGCAACACCAUCAGAGUACAGAGGCGUCCCAAGAUAAGGAAAAAACAACUGCCAAAACUGUCAUCCGAUCGGUCAUUCUUCUGUCCCCCAUCUUCGGUGUGACAUGGAUGUUUGGAUUUGCUAUAUUUCUUUUUGACCUCGCAGAUGGACCUGUAGCUUUAGCAAUGUAUUACCUCUUCACGGUGACGAACGGACUCCAGGGUUUUUUCAUUUUGUUGACCACGUGCGUGGGGGACAAAAUGACCCGCGACACACUGAUGAAGCGCUUUAGGAAAUAUGGUCAACAAUCCAUGAGUGAGAGCACCUUAAAGGGAGACUCAACGCUGAAGAAAUGACAUGGUUUAAUAACCUUCUCCUGGCUUUGAUUAUGUUAUUGUUUUAAUUCACCAGUGACUUCAUUAUACAUAUACUGUACAUAUAUACAAUAUAAUUACAUACUCAUGUACUCCGCUUGCAGCUUUAAAACGAACUACAUGUGUACACUAAUAGUAAAUAUAUCUGUAAACAAUGUUAUAUUUUAGAUUAUGUUAUUGUUUUACUUUUACAGUUAAAUACCACAGAAACAGAACAUAAGGUUAAUUAACUCUACAUACUGUUGUGUAAUGAUGUUUUAGAACCUAUGUGUGAAUGUUACUUUUCUGUUCAUUUUCUUUGUUCUGUGCUUCCCACUCCUCAUCUGUGUCAUCCAAUGAAAUCCCUUUCUGGGCUGCUACCUUGCGGUAGGCCUGGCACUCAAUCUCUGCCCUGCAACACAGGAACACAGGAGAAUUUACUUAUCACCUAUAAAUGUGUGUGUGUGUGUGUAUUAAAACAAUAAAGAUUUAAAAAAGAAAA